ACCCGCGUACGAAUCUCGCCUCCGCAGUGCACUACUGAACAGCGUUCAGCACAGGACAGCUCUGUUGACACGGGAGCGCGCGCAGCCGCUAUACGCACAGCACCGACUACUACUACACCGGACAGUUCAGACUACAGUCAGUCACAGAGACGCGAGGACCAGCCACAUCCCACCAAGUCAAGUCCUCCCUUUCGCGGCUUCUUCGGACGGGAGUAAUAACAGUGAAAAAAAGCAUGAUUUGUGCGCACUGCGUUGCACACUUGCCGGAGUUAUAAUGAUCAGUUCACCUUCUGCCCUGCCCCUCGCAUAGGCUGUGCAGUUCAACUGAGAUUGGGGGAAACAGACGCAUACGGACUGACGCAUCAUGGGCACCUUGUCGCUGGUGUUGCUGAGUGGAGUGGUGGUGUUGGCCCUGGGUUCUGCUCAGCCGCGUGCAUUCCCAGAGGAGGAGGACAUGGAUUUGGAGUGUGAGUCAGGCCAGUACACGCGCUCGGGGGAGUGCUGCAUACAGUGUCCACCCGGAGAGGGCGUCGUCCGGCCCUGUGGAGUCAGCCAGACCGUCUGCGGACAGUGCCUGGACAGUGAGAGCUUCUCGGAGACUUACAGCCACACGGAGCGCUGCAAGACCUGCACCGAGUGCACGGGUCUGAUGCGCAUGCAGACGCCCUGCACCGACUCCAACGACGCCGUGUGCGUCUGCAACUACGGCUUCUUCCUGGACUCGCUGUCGGGCCGCUGCGAGCCGUGCACGCUGUGCCCGCGCGGCGAGGGCGUCUUCAUGGGCUGUGCCCACGACAUGGACACCAUGUGCGAGCCCUGCCUGGACCACUCCUACUCGGAGCACGACAGCUCGCUGGACCCCUGCCUGCCCUGCACCAUGUGUGAGGACACCGAGAUACAGAAGCGCAACUGCACGCCAGAGCUCGACGCCAUUUGCCACGACCCCAACAUGCCCACCUUCACCCCGUCCCCGCUGUACCCCACCACGGACGUCAGCACGCAGUACGACGACUCCCUGAGCUCCAGCCCGGCGGGGGACCCCACCACGCACCCCAGCAACCCGCGCUUCAUCGGGCCGGGCUUCAACGAGAACCUCAUCCCCAUCUACUGCUCCAUCCUGGCCGCGGUGGUGGUGGGGGUCGUGGCCUACUUCAUAUUUAAGAGGUGGAACAGCUGUAAGCAGAACAAGCAGCAGGCGGCGGCCAACAACAGAGCUGCCGCCGCGGCCACGGCAGCCAAUCAGACGCCUUCGCCAGAGGGGGAGAAGCUGCACAGCGACAGCGGCAUCUCCGUGGACAGCCAGAGUCUGCAGGAGCAGCAGCAGCAGCAGGGACAGACGCAGACGCCAGGGCAGGCCCUCGCACAGUCUCAGUCCCAGACACAGCUGCAGAAGCAUGCACCCGAACACAUAGUGGUGAGGAUGGAUGGGGCCGUCCAGCCGGACUCUCCCCCACCGCAAGCCUGAGGAGGACGACGGGGAGGAGGAGGAAGAGGAAGAGGAAGAGGAGGCAGCAGUCACAGCAGCAGGAGGAGGAAGGAAGCAACGGAGGGAGCGAGGAAGGAGGAGCAGAGAGGCAGCAGAGAGCCAGCUGGACGAGCGAUGGAGAGAAGAGGAGAGGAGAGGAAAGACGAGGAAGGAUGGUGUGGCUGUCAUGAACAGAGGAGACUGGAGGGUUGAUGAUGUCAUUGUUGUUGUUGUUGUUGUUGUCACUUCCUGUUCUGACAGGAAGGAGGAAGCCACAAACUUGUUACUGUGAGACUGAAUAGCAGCAGCUUCACACCAGCCCUCCUGGAUACAGGAGAGUGUUUGGACAUGGACAACAGUGGCUUGUCUUGGUGGGAAACCUGAAAGACUGAAAGUUUCACCGCCAGGCACUGUUCACCGAACAUGACCUGUAUGAAAUGAACAUACACACGCACGCACACACACACACACCUUCACCACACCAGACAUAGUGUACACUCUUCUUCUUGCUCCAACUCUCUCUCUCUCUCUCUGUGUUGAUGAACACAUUGUGUAUGACACAUUGUGCUUCUUCUGAAUCCCCUAACCACACAAGCCCACCCCUCUCUAAAAGACUUGGGAAGGCCCCUACUGCGGAAAGAGACAUGUGCACUUUCCCAUCUUAUAA